AUGGGUUUGUUUUCCAACCCGCGGCGCCGAUCUGUGUCAUAUUUCCGAGAUCGCUUCAAGUGGCCAUUCACCAAGCGACAACAACCAGAAAUUGGUGACAUGGAUAGGUCCACACAGGCCAACAAUACACCGGCUGCCUUGGCCCCUCUACCUUCUCUUACGAUACCGAUAAUACCACAGCUUGAACCUAUAGCCAUUGAUCCAAUAAUCAAUAGGAGCAAUGCCGUACCACCCAUGGUUCAUUCAAUUCACGUGUCUAGCCAUCAGACAUUGAGAAACAUCUGGUUCCAACUCUCGCGACUGGAGCUCUCCUUAAUCUUAUUUCCGGAGCAGAGGUCCCUUAUUGCAGGUAUGCGAAUGUGCAUAGCUUGUAUCGAGUAUAAUUCACAAGAAAUCAAUGAAGAAAUCCAGGAAAAAUACGAGGCGUUCUUCACCGAGCUAAACAACAUCGUAGGUAACCUACGAUAUGUACCCUCGAGUUCGGCAGAGUCAACGGAGGAGCGCCCCGUCUCCAGAGAGAUUCAACAAAUAAUUAGUCGAAUCAAGAUUCGUCGAGAAAAAUUCAAGGCAACGGAGGCAAACUUAAGGAGAACAAUAGAUCUAGACAGAGAAAUUACCGAUUGCCGCAUGAUUGUUAGGCUCUUGAAGCAGUUACAAGUCACCCAUGAGGCCCUAAAUAGCACUGAUGAGGCUCAAAUCUCAAUGAAUGCACCCUCGAUUGAACAGUGGGGGUUGCCGGUUUACUGUGCUUCGUACAACGCUAUAUGGCUCGCACACGUUUGCCUGCAUUUAUGCGCAACUAACGAUUUCAUGAAGAUACGAGACACUAUAAAAGAAUGGGCAAAUAAGAUCGACGGACCAAGGGUGUUCUGGAUGACCGGUGGGAUCGGGACCGGCAAAACAACCAUUGCUCACUCCGUUUGUGAAAUUCUUGAUGCGGAGCAGCGUCUUGGUGCCAGCUUCUUCUGCUCCAAUGAGUUCCCUAAUUGCGAUAAAGUUGAUCUAAUCAUCCCAACCAUUGCAUACCAGCUUGGUCGCUUCUCAAAUAAAUACAUGGAUACACUCUCCAGAGCCUUGCGUGAACCAGAUUUCUCCAAAUGGGAUCUCAGUAGGCAGCUGGAUCAACUUAUAGCCGUUCCACUCGCGAGCAGAGAAACCCCGAGCAAUGUAGUUAUCGUAAUCGAUGCGCUCGAGAAGUGCUCAGAUAUCACUCGUAUACGAGCUCUGCUAGAAGUUUUAUGUCAGCGUACGAACCUGCCCAUCAAACUUCUUUUUACGAGUCAACCCGAUAUUUCUGUCGAUGAAAUAUUUCCACAUCAUACCCCACCUCGUGCUCAAAUCCAAGAGCUUCUACUAGGAACCGCUCCACCAAACAUCAAACAAUACCUUGCUAGGGUGCUAUCUUCGGUAGCACCUAGCCUUAGCAUCGAUCAACUAUCGCGUCGAGCUGGAGAUCUAUUCAUCUUCGCUACCACCGCUAUCCAGUACCUGCUUUCGGAGUAUGAAAUUUUCGAUAUCGAACAGCGCGCUCACACAUUAAUUGAAGGCAGUUCAAUUAAUCCGGGAUACCCCGCACUCGACCGACUAUACACAACUAUUUUGUCAAACGCUUUUGCUGGUAACAACUCAAAAGAAACAGAAACGAGGCGGCUAGUGCUCCAGACAAUUAUAUGCGCCAAGGUCCCAGUGUCGAUAGCAGUGCUUGCAGAUUUACUUGGUUUAGAAAGUCAAGAUGUUGUGAUUGGCGCAAUUUUGCCGCUGUGGCCUUUGAUUCAUAUCAGUAGUGUAACGGGGUACAUAUUUUUGCGGCAUGCCUCAUUUCAAGAGUUCUUAUUUGACUCAGAGCGAUCGGGAACCUAUUAUUGCGAUAAAACGCAACAUAGCGAAUUCCUUGCCAUUAGAUGCUUCAUCAUAAUGCAGAAGCAUCUACGGUUCAAUAUGUGCAACCUGGAUGACUCUGCGCUCCGAAAUGUAGAAGUCCCCGAUAUAGAUUGCCGGGUUUCGAAAGCAGUUUCAUCAACACUUUCUCACGCAUGUCGCUACUGGUCCGAGUAUCUAGCAGUAACUGGGCCUUCAAGCGAGACGACUGAACAUCUACGCGAUUUCCUCCUAUCAAGGUUAUUGUUCUGGAUGGAGGUGCUGAGUUUUAAUAACUAUAUCGAACAAAGACCUACAGCAUUGGCGCGGACUCUUGAGUGGCUAUCGCAUAUUCAGGAGCAGGACGAACUUCACAAACUUGUUCAGGAUGCGCAUGACUUUUUCGAGGCCUACAUCAUGAGCGCUGCUUCAGAUAGCACACCUCACAUUUACAUAUCUGCUCUUCCUUUUGUCUCAAAGAAGAGUUACAUCUACGAAAGAUACCUACCCCAAGUGCAAGGACAGCUGGUGAUUAAAGGAACGCCAGAGGAUAUCCGCGAGGAACCGAGUCCCAUCACUUCAAUGGCUUUAUCUUCCGAUAGGACCCAGGUUGCCGUUGGAUUAGAGAAUGGCAAGAUGUUUAUUUGGUACCUACACACCAGCUCGCAAUGCCCAAGGUCAAUCGAGGUCGAUCAAUCCCGCAUCAGAUCAGUUGUGUUCUCCCCCAACGGAAGCCAUAUAGCGUCGGUAUCUGAUUCUGGCACAAUUCAUAUUUGGGAUGCACAUACGGGACAUAUGACAUCACGUCAAUUUGCUGGCAGUGUUAGUGGAUCUACAGAACAUAAAGCUGGGGUCUUGUCAGUGGUAUUUUCAGUUGAUGGUAGCCAAAUCAUAUCCGGCUCGGAUAAUGGAAUUGUUCGGGUGUACGAUUUCCUCAACGGUACACUUAUGGAGCAGAAAAGUCAUCGAGUUUUUACUCAUUCAAUUGAGAGUAUCAUGUUCUCUCCUGAUAUUUCAUACGCUCUUGCCCAGUCCAAAAGUUCGUCGCGCCCGCGUACUCAACUCCGCGAUCUAGGAGAUUCUGAUCGCGAACUAGGAGAUUCUGAUCGCGAACUAGCGGCAAAUAUUGAUUUCCCUGGUAAGGGGUCUACUGCAGUCUCGCCUGAUGGUCGAAGAGUUGCAUUCGGUUCGAUGACUGGGGAGAUCUCUAUCUGGGAUGCGUAUUCGGGGGCACAGCUUGUUACUCCAUUCAAGGGGCAUACCAACCCUAUAUUAUCCAUGGCUUUCUCGUCCGACGGUAGAUGCCUGGUAUCCUCUUCCAGCCAUCAAACGAUGCGCCUAUGGGACUCGUAUGAGGGUGUGCCGUUGGCGCCUCCGUUAGAGAGGCUUAAAUCUCCAUCGUGCAUUACGAUCUCCCCUGAUGCCAAUGGCAAUGAGAUUACAUCCAUUUUAGAGCCCCCAAAUACGAUCUUCCAUUGGGAUAUACGCGACCUCGGUGACAUGCACGAUAAACGAUUGGAAAAAGAUCUCAGUACGUAUACCCUCGCUGGCUGGGCUAUUGAUAGUGAGGGAUGGGUGAGGGACCCUGAGUCUCGACGAGUGGUAUGGCUUCCCGACCAGCACCGAUCUAUAUUCAAUGACUUGUGCAUCCUUCCUGUGUGCACGCACAUCCUCCAUCCCGAGGGUGUCACAGUUUUCAAUUUCCGUGAUCUCAUGGUCGGGAAGCGUUGGAGUGAAUGUUAUGUUGGUCCUCUAAAUUCCGAAGAUACAUGA